AUGGUCGAGGUAAAUACUUUUGAUAGAAGAGAGAUCUGUCUGGCCAUUGCCGCCAGAUUUGAUGACACAUUCCCAAUCAAAUGGGAAAAAUCGCUACAACAGCUUUCCCGAAAGCGUGACUUCAUGCGACCACACGAAGUGGCGAUUUCAUUAAUUGCUGAAGAACAACUCAAGGACAUCAAGAAUUUCGAAGAGCCUGGUAGACUAUUUGCAUUUGGGAAACAACGGAGUAUGAAAGAAUUCAUUGAUGAAAUAAGGGAAAUGACAAUAUAUUAA